AUGCCGAGGGGCGGCGGCGUGGGGGCGGGUGGCGGUCCAAUUCCGUCUGGACCGGCUGGAUACCCCCAGCCUGGCGUUCCUGUGGCUACAGGCACCCCUGCCGUGGAGGAGCCGCAGUUCCUGUCUCUCUCCUCCAUCGUUACGCGACUGGUCUUGAAGGUGGGCGAGUACUCGUUGGUUAAUGUGCCCUCGCGCACCCUCUACGAGCGGCAGAUCGCCGCUGCCGCCUCGGCAGCCCGAAUGGGAGGUCCCGGCCGCACGUUGGAUGAACAGGUGCAGGCCAAGGACGAAAAUGUUGUGAACACGCUCCUCAAUUACUACAAGGAAGAGGGUGCCGUGCGGAUCAUCGGUGCCACAUCUCUCGCCUUCACCAAUGAUCUGUUCUACGGCGUCAUCGCCUCAAUCUCCUACGUCUUCUGCCGUAUGGUGCCCGUGUUGCUGGGCAUGACCUCGGGCGAGGACGUCGACUGGCAGAGCAGCUCCUUCAUGUCUCUCAUCACCUCGCACAGCAUCGCCAGCGCCGUCACCUACCCUCUGUUCCUCGCUUCCUACCAGGUUCGGCACCACGCCUGGACGGGAUUCUCUGGCCUCCUGCCCUCUGGCGAGAACUUCUACGGCAAGCUGAGGGACAACGUGGUGGCCCACUUGGCCGAGAUGGUCACCCUCCACACCAUCCGCCCGGCUAUUGUCGACACCUUGUAUGUAUUGUUUGGCGAGUGGCUCCUGGCGAAGGCCGACGGCGAGACGUUGGCCGAUCAGGCCGCGUAUCACGUGGGAAUCCGUGGCGUGCACUUCAUGGGUUCGCUCUUCGUUGGCCUCAUCCACCUGCCCCUGAGAGCACACCCCGACGCCUACGAUAGCUUGUGGGAUUGCAUCAAAAAGACUUGGAAGACGCAGGGUCUGAAGGGCUUCUACGGCAGCGCCUUCUGGUAUCUUCUUGCCAACAACCAGCUCAUCAUGCCAUGA